AAGCUAUCCAAUUUCUCCCACCAAAAUUUAAAUAUUAGUAAUUAAGUUUGACCCAAAAAUUUGAAAAUUAUAUAAGCUAUAUGGGGGGUGACUUCCGUGACCCUAUCGACCAAAAUGGCACCACAGCAAAAAUUAGAGGUGGAGUUGGAAUGACUUCCUCCGCAGGCGUCUCUAUAAGGGUUUGCGCUAGAUUUAUUCCGACACCCUAGCCCUAUGCGGCGGAAUAUCCGAAAGGCGAUAUUAAAAGGGUUAUAGUUAGAAUAAGGUUUAGAAGGAUUGCAAGGGUUGGCAACCUAAAUAUUCGUUGGGACGUUGAUAAGGAAAUUGACCCGGUGAAAAUUUGAAAGAGGCCUUGAAAGUUAUAUAAGCUAACUAUAUAUCCAUUUCCUUUGAUUACACGGUUGCCUUGGUAACAAUGCAGCAAUGACGUGUCUGAGGAAACCCCCGCGCGGGUAAAUACACGUGCACAUCGCGUAACACACGCAUUUGUCGAUUUGCGCGAACGAAGCACGUUCGAUCUCGCUCGAAUCCGCAUGGAUGAGGAGAACAUCAACAGCCAAUAUGGGUUACAGUUUGGACGAUGGAAACUGCAGGAACUCGCCAGUUUGAGCGAACAAAUCAUGGAGGAAUCAGAAUAUGAAACUUUGCCCACGGAAAAUCUUGGCGUACACAUGCUGGCCGGAGCAUUUGCAGGAAUUAUGGAACAUUGUGUAAUGUAUCCUGUCGAUUUUGUGAAGGUAUACUUUGUCUCUUUGAUAAAGAUAAAACGAUUUCAUAAUAAAUCUGAUACUAUUUUCCUGCCUACUAUAAGUGAAUUCGUACUUUGUCGAAGAAACGAUAUAUGUCAGAUCUUUUUACAAUGAAAUAUUCGUGUUCAAUAUAUAUGUUAGCUAGGCAACUCAAGUGUAUGUUUAAUGAGAAUUUGGAAUAUUACAGUAUGAACUCGAAGUAACGAAAUUGUUUAUAUCUUAACCUGAUUUCCAAAAUUGAAACCCUAUUUUAUCUAAGGUCGAGCUUCUUUAUAUCAGUCACACAUUUCCCCCCUGGUACAAUAUAUAAACUGUUUCAAGAUUUUAAUUAUAAAUGGUAUCUAUUGUACAAUUACUGGUUACAUAUUAAAUAUAUUAAAAUGUAGCCCAACCAGCUGUAUUACCAGUGAGAUAGAUAGCGUUUAAUAAGAAGGUAAUAAGAAGCUUAUAAUUAAAGUAUUUAUACUCUUUAAAACCAUUUAAGCGUUUACACAUCUUCGUUGUAAAAUUGUGUGCCCAAACAAAAUAUUUGCCAUGUGCAGUUAGCAUGUUGCAUGUGCAGUUUAUAGAAUGUAAACCAAAUUUGAACCUAAAUGAAUCAAAGCCAAAAGGGGAAUGUUAAUAUAUUAUAGUAAACCCUACAGCCUAUUUUAUUUGCAUUGUGUUAAAUUCCAGAAUGGUGUGAGUAGUGUGACCAAAGUUCAUAUUAUUAUGUAACUUUGAAAUUUGAAUAAUUAGCUAUGCAACACAGAUCGAUAUAUAUAUAUAUAUAUAUAUAUAUAUCUUCCCUUGUGGUCGUUUGAGCACUCUGGUUGAAAAUGUUCUCGAGUGUGUAUUUCAUAAUUUCCAGACCAUGUGCAAAUUAAGCAGAAAGAUAUUGGAAAUACACACUUGAAAAAAAUUUUAAAAAUGAAAUACACACUCGAGAACAUUUUCAACUUGAUAUUAUGGAGUGAACAAUAACACAACUUCAAACACUCAUUAAUAAUUCAUUGAAUUUAUAGUCCUGUUUGAAGCCGUUCAAUAAACUCGCAGGUCGUGUUUUAUUAGGUCUAAAGCCACUCGCACUCAUGGCUGUAAACCUAAUAAAACACUCCUGCUCUUUAUUAAACAGUACAUAACAUACCCCAUAAUUAUCUACAUUAUCUAUCAUGGUAAAAAUUACAAGUUGAAUAUCCAUUUGUAAAGUUUUAUUCCAUGAUGUACUGGUUUAGACUCGAAUGCAAAGCUUACGUCCCAACCCUAAUGCAAUCUACCAGAAUGUUGGUCAUGCUUUAAAGACAAUCACCAAGAAGGAAGGUGGAAGGACUGUAAUUCGUGGCGUAAAUAUUGUGAUAGCCGGUGCUGGCCCCGCACAUGGUAUUUAUUUUGCUUCGUACGAGAUGGCUAGGAAAGCUCUUGGUAAUGUAAGAUCAACAUCAGGGCAAAAUAGUGCUAUGGCAAAUGGUAAGUUCAUAAACCAUCUUCGAUCCACAAGUUUAUAACAUUGUCUUCCUUGCCAUGGUCUUAGGAAACCAUCAGGCUAAAAGGAUACCAUUCUGACACAAUGUUACAGUGCGUCUACUACAUUGCAGAACAAAAAUAGAAAAAAUCAACUAACGGCGCAUUAGCCAAUCAGCAUUGGGCCAAAAACAAUUUGAACAAAUGUCAAACAAUAAAAAUAGACUUGAAAAGUAAACACUGCAGUUACUGGCUUCCUGAAGCGAACUCCGUGCUUUCUUUUGAUUGGAUGAGCUUUAGUUUGAUUAGAUUUCUAUUUUUGUUCUGCAAUGUGAUUGGUUAGUGUUAUCUAAGUGGCGUUAGUGGCCCCACUUACAGUAGACUCACUGUAAAGGUUAUGCUCAAAUUAUAUACUUAAUUGUGUCCUAAGUUCAUGCCCAUUUGAAAAUAAAUUAUUUGCAAGGGAAAAUGUGUUAGUUUGGUUAUUUUGCUAUAUUGUAGUGCUAUUAGAUAAAUACCACAUAUCAACAGAUUUUGAAUUUGUGUUUCAAAAAUUAUUUUAUCAUGGGUCAUAGGUGUUUGCUUGACAUUGAAUUUAUUGAGAAAAAUACGUAUAGAAACAUAUCUAAGUUCAUUAAAAUUCAUUAUGUUUAUAACCUUUAAAAGGUUGUCUUAAGUGAUGUAUUUUAUUGUCUAAUAAAAUUAUUUGAAUGUUUUCUCUUUCAGCUGUUGCAGGAGCAUUGGCCACACUUUGUCACGACGCUGUCAUGAACCCUGUUGAUGGUAAGCACUAAUUAUGCUGCAACACUAUAGCCAUAAUCUAAGAAUGGUUGUAAUCAACCCAUUAAUGUAAUCAACACAUUUACUCUUCAAGAAUAAAAUCAUUAGAUAGACUGAGUAAAACAAUGUUAAAAGUUAGGUGUAUUAGAGAGCAUUAGACAAAUGGUCUGAUCCGCCUAACCACGCUCUGCAUUAUAACCUAGGUCUUUGCCUAUAAGUGCUGUGCGUCGGAGUUUUGCUGGAGCUUUGGUGGUUUUUGGGCGGCUGGAGCAGCAAAGCUUUCUCCCAGCUCUAGCUGAAAAGUCAGAAUUGACAAGAAAUGUUGUUCAAUUUCGUAGAAUUAGCAUUGGUUGCAAAUACUGGCAACAGUGAAUUAACUGAAAGUAUACAUAUAAUCAGAAGUCAUAUCUGUUGUGUCAAACCAAGACAUUAUGGCUGUGAUUUACAGUAUCUAACACAGGAAUUCGAAAAGUUGUAAAUCACUAGCAUUAUGCUUUGAUAUACUGCAUCACAUCAUCUUACCUUGGGGACAAAAUUUAACCGAAAAAUAUCUGCCAUUAUCCGGUUAAAGACUUGGAUAUGACAUCAUAGUGAGGACUGAUAUGACAUCAUACCUGUGAGGAUAUGAUGUCGUAGGGAGAAUAUGAUGUCAUAGUGCAGAUAUGAUGUCUUGGUGAGGACAUGAUGUCAUAGUGAGGAUAUGAUGUCGUGGUGAGGAUAAUGUGCCCAUCAAAAAUUGUUAAAUUUCCCACGAAUAAAGCAAGCUAGUUAAGACAGGCACAUUAUCCUAUUUGGUCAUUUUGAAUUUUCUUUACAAGGCAAUCGUGUGUGAAGUUUCACACUUUAAUAUGCACAUUAACCUUUUGAUUAAAGUAUCUUGUUUUUCAUUUUUAAUUCUUGAAUAGUUAUCAAACAGAGAAUGCAGAUCUAUAACAGUCCGUAUCGAGGAGUCCUAGACUGUACAAGACAUGUGUGGAAAACAGAGCGCAUCACUGCAUUCUAUCGUAGCUACACUACCCAAGUAACAAUGAACAUUCCAUUUCAAAGUUUACACUUUGUCGUGUACGAAUUUAUGCGGGAAUGGUUAAACCCGCAACAUAAUUAUGACCCAAAGACACACCUGAUUGCAGGCGGUACCGCAGGCGCGCUUGCCGCAGCGGUUACCACUCCGCUUGACGUUGCAAAGACUUUACUUAACACCCAGGAACAAAAUGCUGUUGGGGCUAUCAUGAACCAGGGACAUAAACAUCCUUUAGUGUCGGGCAUGAUAGAUGCAGUAAGGACUAUCUACAAGCUGCAGGGGUUUCGUGGUUACUUCCAGGGGCUGCAAGCAAGAGUUCUGUACCAGGCUCCUUCGUGUGCUAUCUGUUGGUCAUCAUACGAGUUCCUGAAAUUUUGGUUUAUACCAGAAAAAGAAUGCCAACGCAUGGAAGUUGAAAUGAAUUCCUAAGAAAUUUUCUAGAGAGAGGUAUUAAAUACCGGAAAUAUACUACUUAGGGAAAAUAGUCCCAGAAUUUUAAUUAUUUAGUGAAAGAAAUUCUAAUCAGUUUCAGAAAUUAAAAAUCAUAAUGAUAUGCAACCUCGUACCUAGGGCUAUCGUCCUGGCAUUGCUUUAUUAUUUGACUUUAUGAGUAUUGCAACAUGCAAAUAUUACUACGUCCUUGACCUUGAGGAUAAGAGUAGAUAAGAGUUGGCAAGCGAGAGUUUGAAUGAGAGUUUUCUCAACUUCAUGACCUCUGCUCAAAUCUAGGGUGCGAUAAGAAACCUUUUCAGUAAUAAAUUUCUUGCAGUAAUAAAUUUACGUGGUGUUUCCACAAACAAAAACAAUUAUUGAAAAACCUUUUCUUUUUACAAAGCUGUAGCUUUGUAAAAAGGUUUUUCAUUCAGUAUCGUACUAUCGUGAAACUACGAGGGGCACAAUUGCAUAGUUCCAUACCAAGUUCGAAACAUUGUAAUUAGUGAAAAGUUAGCUGAAAUUGUGCAGAAGUUUAAAGAAUGUACAAAAAUGUUUAUGAAGUCUUUACACAGCAGUCAAAACAACUGCGAAAACCUGAAUUUCAGUAAACGUACUUCAAUAAUAUUGUACAACAAUCAUCCUUGGAUUCACCAGUGGUUCAGCCAUCUUUACCAAACCACAUGACUACAAAUAAUCAGGAUAGUAAAAUGCAGAAAGUAGCCUGGGUACGAGGUUGGAUUAAUAUGAAAGUGACAUGUAUAUUCGGUUUAAGUGCCAUUGAAAAAGUUAAAUGAUAUCGAAAGUAACAGAUUUAUUUAUAAAACGUUUGGAAGCAGAUAAUGAAACCUCAAGAGCUGUUUAUAUGAGCAUCAUUGAACGAACUCGGGUUAAUUUGUUGAAAACCCCACGGGUUAGUUUUAAUCCUUUUCCAGAGAAGUAUUCAAACUAUCAAUGGGUUAGUACCUAUACGCUCAUAUCCCGCGGCCUAGCCAGCCCAUCUCCCAUAUAAACAGCACCUUGAAUGGCAUGUCAAGUUUCGGUAAUGACUAAAAAGGGAUAGAUAAGACUAAGAGGGAUGUUUUCAAGGUAAACUCGAGGUUCGCUUGCUUGUAGAGUUGGGAUUGGGUUCAGGGUAAGGUUUAGAGUAAGGUUUAUGCGGGUUUAGGAUUGUUAUAAGUGCAUAUAUGGUUGUUGAUUCUUUCAUGUUUUAAUGAUUUUAAAAAAUAGCCGCCAUCUUGAAAACCUCUCUGACGUCGUUCCCCUUCCAGUUUAGAGGCUCAGUGUCACCUGUUGAGCGAUGUUAUUUAAGGCUUAACUUAUUGAUUUUCUACACGAACUUUUUCAAACUGGACCAUGUGCGCAUGCUCAGCAGUAAAUUUUAGCAAUUAAAUAAUAUUGCUCAACAGGUGACACUGAGCCUUCAACAACGACCAUCAAAUCUCCUCCUCUGGGUGUGUGUCUCAAUACCGAGGGGCUGAUACUCAGGCUAGGUGUGUAUCUAACUAGAUGGACUUAUACAAAGGUAAAUAAAUUAUACGGGAUUAUAAUUAGACAUGCAUGUUAUUUUUAAAAAUAUUUAACUCAUACUACUUGCCUUUUUUGACAUUAUGGGUUAUAAUAAUAACCUCGUAAUAACCAGUCUUUCAAAUCUUUUAGACUUCAUAAUAUCCACAUUUUCAAUAAACUCUAGUUGAGGAUGAAUCCAAUAUCACAUGAUCCCAAUUACGCCAUAAUUAGUGACCAACCUUGCAUGCACAGAAUCGCAGCGUGUCAUGGCCUUUAUUUAGCGUUAUAAUCGACACAUGAAACUGGCGCAAAAUAGGCAAGGGGCUAGCUACGUCGAGAUUGAAACGUACCACUUGAAACUGGCGCAAAGAUUGAAACGUACGCAAUAUUAUCCAGACUUUUAAAAAUUGCGAAAGCAUUUUAUUUACACAUUUAAAAUUUCUAGUACAUUUUUACAACAUUUAUAAUAAGUUUUCCUUUGGCACAUGCUAAUAAUAAAACGGUUAUGUGAAUGUGAUAUGGAAUAAAAACAUUAAACUCUACAUCAUUUUUUUUGGAAUAACAUUAGUUUCACUGUACCAUGGCCAUGCAUCUUAGAUCCGGCGGCCACCGGCUUAUUUUGAAAGCCCUGUUAAGCGUACUGAAACCGGUAAAGGAUUUUCAUCCUGUCAUUGGCGAGUUUGUUAAAAAAAAUUACUUGACAUUUCUGUCUUCGAGGGAAAGUACGCAUUACUAAAACUUUAUUUGCCUCUUAGUAUUAAAGUGCCUAUAUCAUGGUUGUAGUGUUUGCAUAUCCCGAAAGUUUAGGGUAUUUUAAGACACUUUGCAAUAUAUUUUGUUAUUGAAAAAUUUCAUCUUGAUGGAUUUAUUAGCUCUUAAAGUUACCGGACAUGACGUCAAAAGGAGAAUUUUGUUGCAAUGAUACAAAGGAAAACUGAUUUGCAAUUCUCCUUUUGACGUCAUGUCCGGUAAUUUUAAGAGCUAGUAAAUCCAUCAAGAUGAAAUUUUUCAAUAACAAAAUAUAUUGUAGCCUGCGGGCAGCCCCAUACCACGUACUACCUUCCCUCGUUUACGUGGUAUGGGGCUGCCCGCAGGCUAAAUAUAUUGCAAAGUGUCUUAAAAUACCCUAAACUUUCGAGAUAUGCAAACUCCAAAACCAUGAUAUAGGCACUUUAAUGACUUAAAAGUUUUUAUCUUUUUCUUAUGUAAAUAUUAAGGGUACAUGCAUGUUUGAACAUGCAACUACGGCCUACUAGUAAUGCUCAAGGAACACAAUUUAUAGCUGCCUUUUGUCUUGGAGUAAAAAUGCUAUUGUUGAUGAACACGUCUUCAUGACAUUGCCGUUGUAUUUCCCAAACUCACUAAAUAUAGUGGACCUGAUGAAACGCUAUUUUCCCAACGUUGACGUUGUCACAACUACUAGGGUUGUUCAUCCGGCAAAACGACUAUUUUCAAAUUGGCUUCGGGCCAGGUGUACUCCCGAGGUAGCGAAACCUGCA